UAAUAAUAAUAAUAAUAAUAAUAAUAAUAAUAAUAAUAAUAAUAAUAAUAUCUUUAUUUUUAUAUAGCACCUUUCAUAGUGGACCACCAUCACAAAGUGCUUUACAGAGGUGGGCUGUGAGCUGUGCAUUAUAUGCAGAGUCACUUACAAUAGGACAUUGAUUUAACAUCUCAUCCGCAGGACGGAGCACAAGGAGGUUAAGUGACUUGCACAGGAACACACACUUGCUUCAGAUGUAGCAGAGAAAGAAAGGCAAGGGUCUGAAUUGAAAGAGCUCAGUCUGGCAUAUAAAAUGAGGACUUGAUGGACUACAGAGUAGACCGAUUGAUGCAGAGGCAUUAAAAGACAAGAACAUGCAGAAAACUGGACAUCUCAAAGGAUUCUCGCCAUGAUUAAUUUAUUUUUAUGCUACUGUAAUGCAUGGGACCUUUCUAAUAUGCAGAAGCUCAUGUUUUAAUCUGGUGUCAUAAUGAGUUCGGCCUUAUGGAGUCAAGACAAGAUGAACACAGCCUUCCGGGAGGAUCCUCGCUACUACAUACUGGUGCAGGAAUGCAUGGUGGAGAAGCCUCCUCAGAAGUACUUGAAGAUCCCCAGGGGGAGCAUAGGACAGUCGUGCCAAGAGCGUUCAUCCCUGGGCCGCCCCAUUCCAGCCAACAAAGGCAAGAAGAGUUUGAGGAUCCUGGAGCAGCCCAGCGUGGUCCUCAGCUUCGAUGAGAAGGACAUUGCUGACAUUGACGAGAAGCUUUCUGAGUUGCUGUUGGCGAUUACGAACUGUGAAGAGCGCUACUGCCUCUUCAAGAACAAGCCCAGGCUUGAACAGCUACGGGAAGUAGACUGUGGUUCAAAAGUCAGAGUUCAGCUCCGGUCUGGGGAUGACAAACUGCCAGGGGUGGUGAGGUUCAAAGGUCCUCUGAUGCCAGAACGGACACUAUCAGGAAUCUGGUUUGGGGUAGAGUUAUUGGAAGAAGGGAGGGGCCACGGCUUCACCGAGGGCUCCUAUCAAAACAAGCAGCUCUUCGUCUGCAAGGAUGACUGCGGGGUCUUCGUGGCCCUGGACAAGCUGGAGCUGUGGGAGGAGGAGGAGGAGGAGGAGAAUGAAGAAGAUGAAGACCUGGAGACAGACCAUUCUGCACUGGUGGACCCCCAAGACAGUGACUGGAGAGCAGUGCCACUGCAGAUCAACUCCAGAGUGAUCGUGAAGCAUGGAGAGGAAGCGGAGCACGGGACUGUCAUAUUCUGUGAUUUUCUGCCCGGGAAUGAAGCUUUAGGCUUCUAUGUUGGAGUGGACAUGGACAAGCCUAUCGGUGGCUGGGAUGGAGUGAUAAAUAAUAAACUGCUGUGUAGUUUCGCAAGCGUAGAACACACUCGUCUUGUGCAUAUUGACGAUGUGAUACCAGAGAUCCCCAUGCAGGACCAGAGACUCCAGAAACACAUAUUUGCAUCAAGAGGGGUAGGAGAGAAGAGCUUGUCCAAUCAGAGCAAGCCCAAAUCUAAAGGAAUUACUUCCCAGUCUGGAAGUAGAAGCAGAUCUGCAUUUUAUUACACUUUAAAUGGCAGCACUAUUGAUCACCAGCCCCAAUCCAAAUCAAAAAGCACAUGGUACAUUGAUGAAGUUGGAGAAGACUCUGCAAACUCCCUCCUGGACACCUCCCCUGAUUUCAGCCAGACCUCUCCUCCCUCCCGGGCUCCCCCCACUCCGUCGCUGUCCAGCGAGAGCAAGUACCACUCAUUGCCCUUCAACCAAACCAAGCAGAGUGGCUCCAAUGGCAGCAUCAGCCCCACGCCGCUCUCCCUGUCCAUGCAGUCUGUCAUCGGGGAUGUCCACGAGCCCCCAGCCCUCGCAGUGCCUCUCCAGAACCAUUACGGCCUGGAGGUGGGGUCCCUAGUGGAGGUGAAGGAGAACCCACCUCUCUACGGAGUGAUCCGCUGGGUUGGGCAGCUCCCAGGGCUCAGUGAGCCAUUAGCUGGACUGGAACUGGAGGACGAAUGUGUUGGCUGUACAGACGGCACCUUCAAGAGAACGCGCUACUUCACCUGCAUGCCGAAGAAAGCUCUGUUCGUCAAACUGAAGAGCUGCAGGCCAGACUCCAGAUUCCCAUCUCCGCACCACUCCUCCAACCAGAUUGAACGCUGCAAUUCAAUAGCAUUCGGGGGCUACCUGAGUGAGGUGGUGGAGCAGAACACCCCUCCCAAAAUGGACAUGGAGGGGCUGGAGGUCAUGGUGGGGAAGAAGAAAGGAAUCCAGGGGCAUUACAACUCCUGUUACCUGGACUCCACUUUAUUCUGCCUGUUUUCUUUCAGCUCAGUCCUCGACACAGUGCUGCUGAGACCGAGAGGUAGAAAUGAUGUGGAGUACUAUAGAGAGACUCAGGAUCUGCUGCGGACCGAGAUUGUGAACCCUCUGCGCAUAUUUGGAUACGUGUGCGCUACGAAAAUAAUGAAACUUCGGAGAAUACUUGAGAAAGUGGAAGCUGCUUCUGGAUUCACCUCCGAGGAGAAAGAUCCAGAAGAAUUUCUGAACAUACUCUUCCAUCAUAUUUUACGAGUGGAUCCAUUGCUGAAAGUUCGGUCAAUGGGACAGAAAGUCCAAGACUGUUACUGUUACCAAAUCUUCAUGGAUAAAAAUGAAAAGGUUGGCGUCCCAACUAGCCAGCAGUUGCUGGAGUGGUCCUUUAUUAACAGUGACUUGAAGUUUGCAGAGGCUCCAUCCUGCCUUAUUAUCCAAAUGCCUCGGUUUGGAAAAGACUUCAAGAUGUUCAACAAAAUAUUUCCUUCUCUGGAAGUGGACAUCACUGAUUUACUCGAAGACACUCCCAGGGAGUGCCGUAUCUGCGGUGGACUGGCCCUGUACGAAUGCAGGGAGUGCUACGAGGAUGCAGAUAUCACAGCUGGGAAAAUCAAGCAGUUCUGUGAAAAAUGCAACACACAAGUGCAUCUCCACCACAGGAGAAAAGGGCACCAGUUGGGCAAGCUGUCCCUCCCGAAGGAGCUGGCGGACUGUGCCUGGCGGCAGGGCAGAUUCCCCAGGCAGAGGAUGGAGCUCUUCGCGGUGCUCUGUAUAGAGACCAGUCAUUACGUGGCGUUCGUCAAGUACGGCCCGGGGGAAGCGGCCUGGCUCUUCUUUGACAGCAUGGCAGACCGGGACGGAGGACAGAAUGGCUUCAAUAUCCCGCAGGUCACGCCCUGUCCAGAGGUCGGCGCAUACCUCAAGAUGACCCCUGAAGAGCUCCACGCGCUGGACCCCAAGAGUAUUCAAGGCUUUGCAAAGAGACUGCUGUGUGACGCGUACAUGUACAUGUACCAGAGUCCGACCAUGAGUUUAUACAAGUGAAAUGAAUGGACCUGAUCCUGAGGAGUGCUAAACCAAGCAGUCUCGAGUUGUUCUGUUGACACGUUUUUUCCACUGCGAGUCUGUCCGACUCCAUUCUACGUAGUGGAUGGACAAAGGGAACUUGCUUACACAUUUCUGAAGAGUAUAGUAUAUGCAUGAAAGCAUCAAUGAGCAGCUUUUAUUGCUUAAUUAUGUUGCUCAGGCACAUAUAUAAUACAGUGAGUGGCAAUGACAAAGGUAAUAAAGAGUUCCACUAAACUACUUGAAGGAAGAUUUAAAAAAAGGGUUAUUUUACCAAGUCCUGUCUCCCACAAGAUCAGUAAUCGGUGGGUUAAACUACAAGGUAACCCUGCACCCUUUAUUUUUAAUGAUGCUUGCAGUUGCAUUUUUUUUAUUUACUUCUCUUGAGUUGUGUUCAGAUGCUGUAUGCUCAGUGCCACUUAAGUACUAGAAGAAGAUCCUCUACAAAAUGAGAACAUACUCUCAAAUCAAGAAAUGAUUGAAGUAUGUGAAAAUAAAUAAUGUUAAACUGAAUGAAUAGCUUUAACAUACACCAGGUCUGAGGUCAGAUGGCAGAGGAACUGGAGCCAGCAUUCUGUACGAUAGAUUACAUGAUUGUCCAAUUCUAAAAGCAUGUAUUGGCACCUUAUAUAGGAUGGGUCAGAAGUAAUGCACCACAGUGUGGUUUAGCUGGAGUAAAAUGUUUCUGUAUUGACCACCGUUUGUCUAAGAUUAUUAAGACAGGUUUUGGCAUGACUUUUAGUAUAAAUGACAUUUCGCCCCUGCGCAAAUGGAGUGCUUGUUGCACAUUUUUAUAUUUCUGUCUUUUAAGCGAUGGUCGCAAAGACAUAUCUUCAGGUGUAUGGGAUGACAGAACAGUAACACUGACAGAUGCUCCUGUUUUUUUGUCAUUUCUUAUUAAGGUCUCUUCAUAUCGUUUCAGUGAGUGACCCUAGCCAAACUUAAUAUGUGGUAUUUCACAGUUUUUGUUCAGUUUUUUUUUUGGCAUUGCCCAGGGGGCAUUUAUCUGGAUGCAGUGUAAGACGAUUGGGUUGCUUUCUGUUUUUCUGAACUAGCAGAGUCUGCUUGAUCAACACUUUUUUCUUAGCAACAGACUUGUGUGCGCUACUGGACAAAAAAGAUCAGUUGUGCAUCUGCUUUGCCUGCUUUUAUAUUGGUACCAACGUAGUUGAAGCACAUUAGUCUGUUCUGAACUCUGAAAAGCAAAGACACUUGGCUUGAAAUUGAAUUAGAUAAAUAAUCUAGCCCAGCGAUUAAUAGAUCUCCACUGUAGUGCCAAGAAUGAAAAUGCCUGUAGACAAUGAUUUGGCUAUUGCAGCAUUCAGUAUGGAUCAAGGACCCAGUUAAGAUGCUACUUUAACAAGAAUGGAAUAUUGAUGCAGUGAGAGCAGAAAGUAGGCAGCUUCAUUAAUGUACAUAAAAAGCAAACAACCUUGACGAACAGAAUGAGAAAAUAGGUGAAACCAAGACUUAACGGUUUCAAAAUAGAAAACUUUAAAAUAAACGGCAGCCAGGCUUGUACGCUAGUCUGGAAAAAUGCCAAACGGGUUUCCAGGGCUUGAAGAUGCUUGAAAAACCACGUCUCCUUUAUGAAAGUCUUGAAAAAGUCUCGAAUUUUACUAGUAUCACGGGAGAAUGAAAAUAAUUCAGCGAUUAUUUCUUAUUAUUAAUAAUAAUUUAUCUCGAAAGCGGGUCAGCAGCAACUGUCUAGGCAAUUUACUAGUAACAACUAUAUUGCUUGCGACCAAAUCCAGUGAGGAUUGCCCCGUGUAACACCCCUGACAACGUCCUGACAACUCAAGCAAUCCUAUCCAGUCUGCGCAGUGGUAUAUGUCACAUGACUGUCUGCUCCAGCGAAACGAAGGGUAAAAUGGACACUACGACAGCCAAAAUAUAUUUAUACAUUUAUAUUGAUUUUUAAAACAAAGUUACAAACUGGAAUUACAAGCUACUGUACUCUGCUCACCAAGAUACACAUUUUGUUAUCUUGUUGUUACCUUUAUUAAAUCGUUAACAUUAUUUCCCAACCCAGGAAAAAAAAUCGAAUACAAUAAUUAUCACUGACUUGGAUUAAAAAAAAAAAAAAUGCUUUCUGUAGCCCCUAUGGUGUGUAUAAAUUAUUAAUAAUUUAGCUAAUGCUUUUAUCCAAUGUGACUUACUUAACUUACUCCAGCAGUUUAUAUUGUUCGUUUUGGAUUGUCCUACUAUAGUGAACAAAAGGCUUUGGACCCAAACAGGGUUGUUAUAGCGAGGGUGUGCUGUAUUCAGUGUUUGACUUGUAUGUUUAAUAUACCACACUUGCACAUUU